AUGAGCUCCCGCUGUGUUACAUGUAACCGAUCCUUCAGCAGCGAAGAAGCUCUUCAACAACACAUGCGCGACUCUCCUAUCCAUAGUCCGUCCUACGACUGUGAUAUCUGCGAUCGUUCCUUUGGCAACGACGAGGCUCUUGAACAGCACUUACGCGAUUCUCCUGUUCACAAACCAUCCUAUGACUGUGAUACCUGCAACCGAUCCUUUGGCAACGAUGAAGCUAUUCAGCAGCACCGACGUGACUCACCUGUUCACAGGCCGUCCUAUGAUUGCGAAAGUUGCAAUCGGUCCUUUGGAAAUGAGGAGGCUCUUUAACAACAUCUGCACGACUCUCCUGCUCACAGGUCGUCCUAUGACUGUAUUACCUGUAAUCGAUCCUAGGUAUUAUUCAGAGGCGAUUCAAGUAGAAACGGCCAUAUAAACUGUAAAAUGUGAUCCGAGCUUUGGAGUAAUAUCGGUUGGAGUUAGGUCGGC